AUGGCUGCUCCCGUCCUUCCCCUGCAGCAGGUCAAGCUGCCGGCCUUGCCAUCCACCAAAUUGACCCCCGAACAGCAAUACUGGAAGACCUUCAAAAACGCUCUCCUCAUUCCCUCGCCCGCCAACGGUCCCAUCAACCUCAUCACUCAACCCUCCGCUCCCUCCUCCGCCGCAGCGUUCCCCUCCCUGACCCAGCCGCCGGACGUCUUCACCGUCACCACCGGCGCCCGCGUCCAGAUCUACUCCAUCCGCACCCGGAAGCUGCUGCGCACCAUCACCCGCUUCGAUGACACCGUCCGCGGCACCGACGUCCGUCCCGACGGUCGCGUCCUCGUCACAGGCGACGACACCGGCACCGUGCAGGUCUUCGACGUGACCUCGCGCGCCAUUCUCAAGACCUGGAAGGACCACAAGCAGCCCGUCUGGGUCUCCAAAUUCAACCCCAGCGACCCCACCUCCGUCUUCACCGCGAGCGACGACCGCACCGUGCGCCUCUGGGACCUCCCCAGCCAGUCCAGCCAGCGCACCUUCCACGGCCACACGGACUACGUGCGCAGCGGUGGCUUCAUGCCAGGCUCGCUCGCCUCGUCGGGUCUCCUCUUCUCCGGCAGUUACGACCGCACCGUGCGCCUGUGGGAUCCGCGCGUUGACACCCGCGCCGCCAUGACCUUCAAGAUGGCCGCCCCCAUCGAGAGCGUGCUGCCCAUGCCCGCCGGCACCACCGUGCUCGCCGCCGCCGACAACAAGAUCGCCGUCCUGGACAUCGUCGCCGGCAAGCCGCUGCACCUCAUCCAGAGCCACCAGAAGACCGUCACGUCCCUGGCCCUCGCCUCCAACGGCGAGCGCCUCGUCAGUGGCUCCCUCGACGGCCACCUCAAGGUCUUCGAGACCACCGGCUGGAACGUCGUCUCCGGAUCCAAGUACCCAUCCCCCAUCCUCUCGCUGCGCGCCAUCACUUCGGGCGUCGCCCAAGAAGACAAGCACCUCGCCGUCGGCAUGCAGUCCGGCCUCCUCUCCAUCAAGACCCGACUAUCAGGCCAGCAAAAGGCCAAGGAGCGCGAACGUCGCAAGGAAAUGCAAGCCCUGCUGGACGGCCGGCUAGAGGAACACGACCGCAAAGUCGCCAAGCAGAAGCAGCGUGGGUCCGGCUGGGAGAAGCGACUGCGGGGCCACGAUUUCGUCGGCGAAGGCGUCGACAUCGUCAUCGAAGGCCGCGACCGUCGCAAGCGCGCCCGCGAGCAGCGCUGGGAGCAGGACCUGCGCAAGGCGCGCUACGGCGCCGCUCUCGACCAGGUGCUUGCCUCGCGCGACCGCACCGCCCAGCUGACACUCCUCACGGCUUUGCGACACCGCUCUGCGCUGCGCGCUGCCCUGCGCAACCGCGACGAGGACACUCUGCAGCCUGUGCUGCAGUGGGUGUACAAGAACAUCACGGAGCCGCGGCUGGUCCGGCUCAGCGUUGAGGUCGCUAUGAAUGUGCUGGAUAUUUACUCCGGGAAUCUGGGCCAGUCGGCGCAGAUCGAUAAGAUGGUGGAGAGGCUGCAUCGUCGGGUGCGCGAUGAGGUGGAGAUGGCGCAUCAGGCGUUUGAGACUCGGGGGAUGUUGGAAAUGUUGAAGACGACCUGA